AGUUAAGAUUUAAAAAAAAAAACUCAUUUCUCAAAACCCUUAUAAGUAAACCUCAUCUUCUUCAUCUUCUUCUGUGCUUUGUUCACGACGGAACCAUGGCAAGACUUAUUUCUCUCUCUACCCUCCCCUCCUCUCUCCUUCCCCCUAACCGUCUUCUUUCCUCCUCCAUCCGCCUCCCCUCUCAAGCAUCUCCAUCCUCUUCCUCCCGUUUCACCACCAUCCGAUGCCGAAUCAACCGUGCCGGAAAUUCGACCUACUCCCCACUGGACUCAAGAAAUUCGAAUUUCAGCGAGCGGCCACCCAUGGACAUGGCCCCACUCUUCCCUGGUUGUGACUAUGAACACUGGCUUAUUGUUAUGGAUAAGCCUGGCGGUGAAGGUGCCACUAAACAGAAAAUGAUUGAUUGCUACGUUCAAACCCUCGCUAAGGUCCUUGGAAGUGAAGAGGAAGCUAAGAAGAAGAUUUACAAUGUUUCCUGUGAGAGGUACUUUGGAUUUGGAUGUGAGAUUGAUGAGGAGACAUCUAAUAAGCUGGAAGGGUUGCCUGGAGUUCUGUUUGUUCUCCCAGAUUCAUAUGUUGAUCCUGAAAACAAGGACUAUGGUGCUGAGUUAUUUGUGAAUGGAGAGAUCGUACAGAGGUCACCUGAAAGACAGAAAAGGGUGGAGCCACAGCCACAGAGACAUCAAGACAGACCAAGAUACAAUGAUAGAACAAGGUAUGUCCGACGCAAAGAAAGUACAAGAUGAAGUAGAUUUCAGUAACAAGGGGACACGGCAAUAUAGAGGGCAAGAGAGAGACAUGCUAUGAAAGAAUGAAGGCUGAACUACUAUACUCCAGCCUUUGCAUGCAGAAAUCGUAUUUGUUGGAUGUUCUAUUGGUAAAUAGAUAUGUUUGUAGUUUGAACCAAUAUGAAUAUAAACUUUAUUAUGCCAUCAAAUGUCUUGUCCUUAAUCAAUUCUCUAACAAAAUGUUAUAAACUAUUGUUGUUUUUAUUGGUAUACUAUUAUUUAUUGUAAUCA